AUGACCGAAUCCCCCUCCAUACACCCUCCGCCCCCCGGGGCCCGACUGCUGUUCGCGGGUCGACCCUCCCCGUCGGCCUCGCGUUCGUCUCUUACCAUUACUACUACACAACGCCCACAAUCCUCCGACGACUUCAUAUCCCUCCUCUCUCCAUUGACCGCCGUGGAUACGUUCCGCGCCCCCACUGGGCCCCUGAAGGCUUGCAUGGACGCCGCGACUCAGGCUGAGCGGAGCUUCGCCAUGCGCGCCGCCGUCGCCUCCAAGAACAUCUACGAGUGGCUCGACGAGCUGCGCGACUGGCCAUGGCCUGCGCAAGGGGGCGCCGGCUUCCUGGCACCGGCUCCUCCAACAGAUGCUAUCUCCUCGGCGCGGGGGAGGUCUGGAUCGCUGGUCAAGGAGGCGCAACACUACAACACACCUACAAGGGCUGACGAGCCAUACAUCGGCAGUCUCCCAGAGUCGGACGUGACGCGCUACGAGACGCGUCUUGACCAGAUCCAGGCCGAGCUGGACAGGCUCGAGAUCGAGGAGAUCAAGAGCCAUGUUCUACACAACCACAUCAUGCCGCUGUCCAGGCCCGGCGAACCCGGCAGCCCGACCCUGGAGCGCCAGCUUGGCCUAGUCUCCCUCGCGUCCUACACCAAGAUGGACGACAUGACCGCUGUCAUCACGGCCACCGUUGUCCAGGCGCUGCCCAACCUCUCGAAGCUCAUCCGGCUCAUGAGCAUCUGGAGCGUGCGCCUAACGGUUCUGCGGCGCAUUCCCUCGUGGCUGGAUGCGGUAGCUGAUGCCGAGUCUGCCGUUCAGACGGGUUGGGCCACCAUCAGGCCAGGGACAGCGUCGCAGGCCUUGGCGCUCUCCGCACGCGAGUUCGAAGUGAUGAGACUGGUCCUUGACAAGAAGGUCGCAACCGCAGCACAGAGCCUCGACUUCAUGCUGGACACCCUCGAAGGCCGGGACGAUAUCCUGCCGGAUGAGAUGCUUGAUCGCAUGGAGGCCGUGGAGCGCGACUUCUCCGAGUGGAUCGCUGCCUGCGAGAGGAAGAUGCGCGAUGCAGAGCUUGCAGCUUUGAAAGAGCCUGCGACACCGAGGAGCACUCUUUCCAAAUCGUCUACCGGUGGUACCCAGGCACGACAGCAGGACCCGUCAAUGACGCCGGAGCUUCUCCCCGUCAGCAGCAGUGGGCGGUCCCCACACACACCACCGCGUGAGACCAGGUCGAUGUCGCUGCCGCUCAGCGAUAUGCCGCCCGUGCCUGAGGAUCCGGAGGAUGAGGACGAAGAUGCUCUCCAGACACCCCUCACGUCGGUAUACGAUAGCACCCCAGCGCAGGAACUCGGAAGCCCCAUCAUACUCAGCGAUCCGAACGGCGAAGAGGACCACCACAUGCGACAACAGAUCGCCGAGAUCCUGGAGAACAUCCCAGCCAAGAUCCAGCUGUCUUCGAAGGCCACCUUCCUCAGCCACCUGAACCCGCCGGACCUCCAGCUGCCGUACACGAAGCCGAGGGGGGCAGCCGACAAGUCGGGCCGCAGCCGGUCCACCAUGUCCUCCCGCGCCAGUACGCCAGCCUUCAUGCUGGCCCCCGUCGCUCGGUCUCGGCAGCAGCGCGCCAACCAGGACAUCAAGAUGUAUCACCUCUCGAGAGCGAAUGGCGAGGCGCCGAUCAAGCUGUUCAUCCGCUGUGUCGGCGAGUCGGGUGAGCGGGUGAUGGUGCGUGUCGGUGGGGGCUGGGCCGACCUGGGAGAAUACCUCAAGGAGUACGCGAUCCACCACGGGCGGCGAUCCAACCGCGGGAGCGAGCAGCGGCUCGAGGUCCGAGACGUCCCACGCUCGACGAGCAGCAUGAGCAGCCGAACCUCGGCCAGCCCGCCGGCCCGCCCGGGCCCCAGUCCUCAGAGUCGUCCCGGCUCGGCGGUCGACGUGAGCCCGAUCUAUGUAAAGAAGACCCGCAAGGCCAGCGCGGGCGAAGAGCUCCUGGGCCCUAGACUGGCCCCCCAGACACCUAUUGCGUACGGCGCACCACGGGCCUCGGAGCCCUCCUCGGUGGACUCGGUCUCCGGCAGCACCGGCCGGUCGAGAUCCAGCUCGCGCCUCAGCUGGACGGAGGAGGAGAGCUCGCUCGGCAUGGCGGGCCCGCGGGGCUCAAGAAAGGAAAUCCCCAUCGAGAGCCUCGAGUGGGUCGAGAGCAUCAAAAACAAGGUGCGGGCUGCCAGCGCCGGCUCGGACAUCCCGAGGUCUGCGCCCAGCGAAGCCCACGGCUCAGGAAAGUUUGGUGAACUGGGAAAGGUUGGGGGAACAAAGCGGGUGUUCAGGAAGGCCACCUGAUUGGGGGGAAAAUAGGUACACACUACGGAAGGAAAACAUGCUUGGUGUUUUGGCUUUUUGGCACUGACGGACGGUAUUGGAGCGGAGCAACUAUCACUUAGCAUGCAUGCGUGGAGCAUUGUUUCUGAGCGAGGCUUUUAUUUUGUGCCACGACCCGGGCAAAAGAUACCACCUUUUCCUUUUGUUGCUAUAGGAGCACUGGGGAUUGAUUUCGCUUUUCUUUGUUGCUUUUCUUUUUCUUUUUUUUCUUGGGACCCCGUCAUGGCAAAUACCCCCUUUUCGUUUUCUUGGGUGUUCAUGUUACAUAUUAUAGCACAUAGCAUACCUCACUGUUUCUCACCAUUGCUCUUCCCUUGUGGAAGGCUGAGAAGUGGUAAUGAUACUGCGUCUUGGACGCCUAUUACC